AUGGUGGAUUUGGUGGAUGACAACUCACUUCACCGUUUCUUUCGCACCGUCAAGCCCAGGCAUGACAGCAUUGCAAACCCGGGAGCUACACCAGCCUCCCUGGGGGCAUCGGCAAAGCCCUCACGUUUCAAUGUGAAACUUAAUUCUCACCGCCCGUUGCCAACGGUCCAGGACCUCGCAAAGCCCCCACUGUGGACCUCCGCUAGCCCAGCCAAGCACAUCGCAUAUCCAGCCCCCGAUUGGGGCAUCCCCCUCCCCCCCCCACCGACCCCAAAGCGCUCUCAUUCAGGAGGCGAACUCCUCGCAUCGGGGGGGCUAGAAAUCCCUCCUCCCCCUGCACCGCCUCGCAGUUUGCAACAGCGAGCCCCGCAAAAGUCGCAACAUCACGAAGCACAGUCCUCCUGGUGCCAAAUCUUGCAUAGCAUCGCCGAAGCCUCGGCUCUUUUUCAGUCCUUGCAGGGUUGCAAAGAAGCCGACAAGCACAUUUCUGCAGUCCUUAGGGAGUAUCGUCCUGGCACCUUGGAACGGUAUCUCCGCAUCGCAUGGCUCAUUCUGAUGUUUCUUUCCAGCUCGGGGGUUGCUUCCUCUGAGAUAGCACUGCAUCACCUGCUUGAUUUCUUGGCCGCCGCACGAGCAUCGCACAGCCAAGACCGCGAAGUUCACCAAAUUUCCGCGCCGUCUGCCAUCAAAGCGCUCCGCUGGUUGUCCCGCCAGGCACAGUGGAGCGCUUUGGCAACAGCACUGGACAGCCCGGUUAUCAGAGCAUAUGCGGUGCGAGGCACGGCCAAAGAUCGCCGCGAAGCGUUGCCAAUUCCGUGGUGUUUGGUGGCAUCCUGGGAACAGGUGGUUUGUCAGCCACGCACCGCACUGUCCACAAAACUCGCCCUGGGAGCUAUGCUUCUAGCAACGCAUGCCAGCUUGCGCUUCGGAGACGUGCAACGCAUUGACGUCUCCUCGCUCUCGCUUAGCUGCAGCGCACUGCACGGCACAUGCUACGCAACAAAAACCACCAACAUGGGGCAACCGUUCGCGGUUGCACUAGGGGGCAUUUCCGGCAGAGACACCGCCUCUUGCUGGACGCUGCACUGGCUUGCCGCACUGCGCAGUGCACUGGAACACACGAAUACACCCAGAGAUCGGGUAGAUUUUCUUUGGUUUAACGCACAGCCGGAGCUAGCCAAGCUACGAGAAAUAGCGCCGGCAUCCUAUUGCACAGCAAUGCUCAUACUUAGGUGGGCCGCAACUUUGCCCUGGCAACAGCCGGGGCAGGGGCUUCACAGCGCGGAGGCCAAGCAGCUCACUUUGCACAGCAUGAAGAGCACCGCAUUGGCUUCUGCGGCGCAGCUUCGCUUGGACAAAGAGCUUCGCCUCUUUCAAGGCCAUCACCACGACAGCGCAGAUUUGUAUUCACGCAACGACGUGUUUGCCAGCCUGGAUGUUCAGCACCGCAUCAGCAAAGCACUCGCCUCUGGAUGGAGAGCGGAGCGCAGCCUUGCACGAGGCGGCCAAGCACCGAUCCCUGAACCCCCCUUCAGCCUGCCGCCAGGCGAACCGGUCACCGCGCUGCCGGCGACGGCGCUGAUGCAAGGCACCUGGCAGUUUUUCGUGACGCGUCACGAAACCCUUCUGGCACAGCACUGUCCGGAUACCAUGGCGUACCCAUCACAAGUGCAACCGACCCAGAUUCAGGAGGAAUCGCAGGCAUCGCCUGGCAGCGGCCUCCCCUCGGACGAGGAGGCAGACAUGGUUGAGCGAGCAGCGCUGCAUCGAGCUGACAGUAUCAGCUCUGCCUCCUCCUCCGUUUCUAGCACAGCAUCGCAAGUUCAUAAGCCUCUCGUGGUUAGGGCGGAAUUCUCAGCCCGUUUCGCCUGCAUGGGACCAUGGGGCAGGUGGCACGCACUGUCACUGGACGGACCCGCUGGCCAAACAAGCCGCACCGCAUGUGGCAUGGAACUUGGCAUUGCUGCGCAAGUCUCAGAGUUCCCGCAGGAACCAUACUGCAGACGCAAAGCUUGCGCAAACGCUCGACGCACUGCAGAGUCCUAA